UGCAGUACCAUGUCCUGCCUCGGGGAGGCGCUUAAAACAACAGGAAAACCAGCAGAGGGAGGAGCGAGCGCUGCUGCAGGUCUCCUCACUGAGCUAACUAAAGUCCAUCAUCAAGCUAGUUAGCGGGAGCGAUGUGGUAAACGCUAGCGGUGAUGCACUAGCAACAAGAGAGCAUGGACUAGCUCGCCGCUCAGAAAGAUAACUCCGGACGGUUAUUCCACCGCCUCGACAAUCACUAUCAUCACGCAGUAGAGCGUUUCACCUGGAUGUAAUUAGCUUCUUCAUUCAUGCGCUCGUGCUGGUCCACGGGGGAUUUUGAGCUCUGAGUGGCGGGCAAGCUCAGUCAUCCGCUCGCAGGGGACAACACGGCUCAGUCACCGAGCAGCAGCAUGGUGGUCCCGGACAGUGCCAGCGUGGUGCCUCAGCCUGACAAUGGUAGUCCGACUGGCCUCACGGAGAGCUCCGAGCCGGGGUGCGAGGUGGCAGGAGAAGGAGGUCAAGACCUGGCAGGGGUGGAGCUGGAGGAGGUCCGUAAGCUGCAGGAGCUUGUGCGCAGGUUGGAGGUCCAGAAUGAGACCCUGCGCAACAGGGGAAGCAAGAACGUCAUCCACAGAGGAGCAAACAGUAACCUCACAGCUGCUGUCAACAUCAACGAGAGGCUGGCUUGUGAAGAGGUGACAAACUCCCACCUCAGGUUGGAGCACAGCAGCAGCCAGCUGGACAGCAGGGACUUGAUGCUCUCACCCCCUCAGGACAGCAGCAGUGGAGAGGAGAUGUCCCCCUUGCCUGUGGCUAGCAGGCUGGAGGAAGAGGAUGAUGAGGAAGAGGAGGAUCGGGGUCCGUGUGGCGGCUUCCUAAAGUUGACCAGUAGCAACGGAGCAGCACAGUCUCAGGGCCAGAGCCAGACGCCGGAGAGCCCGUCUCAGGAAAGUUAUGAGUCAGAGACACUUGCAGAGAGCGACUCAGGGGUGGACCAAACUGCACUGGAUGAAGUGGAUGUCCUAGAUUUGGAUGAUGAGUGUGCAGACAUAGAGGACGAGGAGAGCUGGUUAUAUGUGUCUCCUAAAAAGCAGGUAGCAGAUCCAGGCCCAGACUCUCCGCUGAAGUGGUGUCGGCAAGUCCUUGACCAUCGCAGCCCCGAGACCGAGAUGGCUUGCCGGACUCUGAUCAGUCGCUUGGACCAGACGUCUCGAUGGAGGAACAUGUACAGCAGCCCAUCAGAGGCGGGCUCGGCAGGCUCGGCAGGCUCAGGCCUGAUCUCUCCUGGGUACCACAAAUCAACUAACAAAUCCCUACUAACCUGUGGCACUUCAGGUGUCACAAGCAUGCCCUCAGCCCUGAGCUCCCAGUCCUCCAUAGACAGCGAGCUCAGCACAUCAGAUGACUCCAUCUCAAUGGGCUAUAAGCUGCAGGAUCUCACCGACGUCCAGAUCAUGGCUCGUCUACAGGAAGAGAGUCUGAGGCAGGAUUGUGCUUCUAGCUCAGCAUCUGCAUCGCGCCGCAGCUCCACGGCGUCCCUGCAGUCCUUGCGCCGGGGUGGUACGUACAGCGACCAGGAGUUUGACACUUACAGCCUGGAAGAUGAAGAGGAUGACUUCUCCAUGCCCCAGCGACGGCAUCGUUUCACCCCUUCGCCAUUAGGCUCACCUCGGUGCCUCUCUCCCUCGACUUCUAACCAUGGUCAGGAAUACAGCAGCCAACUCAGGGCCCCACGCACAAAAGCACCCAGGCGGUCUCUCCAGGGCCCCAGUGCAGAGCUGCUUAAAUUUGCAAAGAGUGAGGAGGAGUUGAGGCACAGCAUGCCUAAUCUGGCUCCCCGUACCAGCCUACGUUCCCUGGAGGCAGUCAGAAACAGCCGCAGCAUGGAGGCUAACCUCCAGAGCUCUGGCAACCGCAUGUCUCCCCUGACUCACUCCCCCUCCACAGGUAUGGUUUGCAGUCGGCUGCGAAGCAGUGGCCAGUCUCCUCUCUCUCUGCGGACUCCAGUUAAAGCCGUCACUCCCGUGGGCUCUUUGGCAGGUGGUCGUCAGGCUUCCAGAGGCCUACCUGUUGUCCAAGGACCCUCGACAGGAGGGAGCCGCAGGGUCCAGUCGCCAGGUUCUGCUAAUGGAGGAAGCUACGCGCCCGGCAGGGCUUCAGUUGGAACCGGGAGGCCCGGGGUAGGACGAGGUCAGGCUGCGUCUACAGCCUCCACUAGAAGUAAACUUUCACAGCCUCAGAGGAGGUCUUCGGGCAUGGCCAAAAUCUCAGAUGAGUCCUGGAAAGAUGGCUGCUACUGAGGUCUCCUGGCAAUGAAGGAUGUUCACUGCUGCAACCAUCACCCCGACUUCUGCCCGUUACCUCUAAAUACAAAGAAAAACAGUCACUGUGUUCACAACUGUGUCAUACAACCUCUCGGUUCCCCCUACCCGCCUUAUUUCAGACUGGAGCGCUGGGCUGCACUGGAUUUGUAGUUAAUCUCUUUCCCUCGCAUGAAACACUGUCAACCCACACAAAGAGAGGAUGUGUAGGCAGACAAGAAGACAUGUGCACACUCGACUUGUUAAUAUGGACCAAAUCGGAGCUUCCAGAAGAUAUGCUUGUGUCAACUUUACUUAUUUUUCUAUGGUAUUUGUGAGAAACUGCUGGAAUAUUAAGGGGUGUAUUACUGUUCUGUUAAUGUAAUUGAUAUGAAGACAAUUUAAAUGAAGAUAUUGCCAGUUCAUUAUCUGUGACUUACUCUAGAUGAAGGUGCUGAGUAUUGCAUGCUUGGUUUUGUUGUUUUUUUUCCCCCCUGUGCCCAAAUGCCUUUUCUUCAUUAUAUACCUGCAAUAUGAGAGAACGUUCAUGUUUCCCUACAAUUAUCUUUGGAUUUCUGAAUGUUUGAGUGAUUCAUAGUGAAAAUUCUUUAGAUUUGUGUUGUAUUUGUGUUUUGCUGUUUGCUUACACGGCAACGCAACUCCUGCAAACCACACUGCCCUUACGAAUUAUCAUAAAGAAGGAAAAAAAAACAUGGGUUGUGCCAAGGUGCAUUAGAGCUGUAAUUCCUUAAUUCCAAAAGUAAUUUUAAGUUGGUAAAGGUACUGUUAAAGACUUUUCAAAGCAUUUUUACUGCAUAUCUACAUUUCAAUUUGAGUGUCUGUCUUUGGAAAACCCACUAAUAACAAAUGUUUAUGCACAAAGGGCCUCCUGCCUUAGUCAGCUAUGCACCCUCAUGAAGAGUGCCUCUCAAUAAUUAGGAGCUGUUAUGAAAACGGUUAAUAAAGUCUACCCUGAAACUCUAAA